AUGCUCCUGGGGGCGCCCUGGGGAAGAUGCAGCCCCGGGCGCUGUGCGCUCCUCCUCGUCUUGGCCCUCCUGCUCGACGCCCUGGGCCUGGUGCUCCUGCUCCUGGGCAUCUUUGCGUCGCUGGAUUACUGGGACUUCUUGGUCUACUCAGGGUCCCUGAUCCUGGCUUUCAGCCUCCUGUUCUGGAUCACCUGGUACUCCCUCAACAUCGAGCUGCCUCUUGAGAAACUGGACUUGUAG